AUGCAAGAAAGCACCCUUCUGCUUCGUUCACUCCUUAUGCAGUGUUUUCCCGAGCAGGCCACACCAGUAAGCGUGGUCUCAGCUGACCUCAGAGCCCUGUGGCAGUUCAAAAACUUGAUCAAGUGCACCAUCUCCGGGAGUGACCCUCUGCACGACUACAACAACUACGGCUGCUGCUGGGGGUGCUGUAAGAUCCAUGAUGAUUGCUACUCUGCCGCAAUGAACAACCCAGACUGUUUCCCCAUCUUUGACAACCCCUACACGGAGAUCUACUCGUACACCUGCGAAGGAACCACAGUGACAUGCACCAACAAUGACCUGUGCUCUUCCAGGUCUGCAUACAACCCUGAAUACAAGGCCCUGGACAUCUCGAAAUACUGCAAAUGA